GCUGACUUUGAGCGUUGCAAUCCUCCACAGGCCAGAUCUUUAGCUAUUCUCCUGCAGUUCUGGAAAAAUGGCGAACGUGUUACAACGAACAGCAGCCAUCCUGCGACCCCACCAUUUCGCCACUAGGGCCAUCAGGCUCACAUAUACAAGCCGACGGUCAUUUCAAUCAACGUCAGCAUGUAUGCUACGGUCUACCGAGCUCUCCAAGACAGAUCUUUCGAAGCUCAAGGUCAACAGCGACCGUCUUUGGAACGACAUCCACUCCACCGCACGGUGGACGGAGCCCACAGGGGGCGAUCCGGAGGACAUUAAAGCCGUAGGCCUGAAGCGCCUGACCUUGAGCAAGGAGGACAAGUCUGCCCGCGACUGGUUCGUGGCCACGACCGAAGCCCUUGGAUGUAAAACACACGUCGACGAAAUUGGCAAUAUCUUUGCAAUUCGACCCGGUUUGAACAAUAAUGCGCCGGCCACGUUUGCCGGGAGCCAUCUCGACUCUCAACCAUCAGGUGGACGGUUCGAUGGGAUCCUCGGUGUGACGGCGGCCAUCGAGAUGUUGAGAACCCUGGACGACAACUGGAUCGAGACCGAGGGUCCUGUCGGCGUCGUCAACUGGACCAACGAAGAAGGCGCCAAAUAUCCCAUCAGUAUGAUGGGCAGUGGUGUAUGGUCCGGUCGGGUUGGCUUGGAAGAUGCCUGGACCACACAAAGUGUCACCCCCGGCGGACCUGUGACUACCGUCAAGGGCGAGCUCCAGCAGAUUGGGUACUUUGGGAGCAUCCCAGCAACUCCUCAGGGGACACCGAUUGGAGCACAUUUCGAACUUCACAUCGAACAAGGACCAAAGCUUGAAGCAGCCGGUCAUUCGAUCGGCAUCGUUCAAGGCGUCCAAGCAUACAAAUGGUUCGAGAUCAUCAUCAGCGGAAGAGAAUCCCAUGCUGGAACCACGGAUUUUGACCAUCGAGGAGAUGCCCUCUAUUCUGCGGCACUUUUCAUUGCCACUGUGAGGGAGAUUGCCAAGGACGUCAAAGGAUUGUCCACAGUUGGCAUGCUCGAGGUGUCUCCAGGCAGCGUUAACACGAUUCCUGGUCAAGUCAAACUCAGCCUUGACAUACGACAUUCCACCGACCAAGGACUGGCACAGAUGCUACACAUGAUCCGAGCAUCGGCCCAGCAGAUAAGCAACUUCGCUGUUGGUGGCAACGAUGACGCUAAAACUAGCCACUUGACCCAGAUCAGCUUUCAGAUGAAAGAAACGUUUAACAGUGCUGCCAUUAAGUUUCAAGAUGCAGCCAUUAGUUGUGUCCAGGACGCCACGGCGACAGUUCUAGGUUCGGAAUAUCAGAACUUGAGCCAGAAAAUGGUGAGCGGGGCAGGACACGACAGUGUAUGUACAAGCAUGCAUGCCCCAACAGCCAUGAUAUUCAUUCCCUGCAAGGAUGGAGUUAGCCACAACCCGAGGGAAUGGUCGGAACAAGUGGAUUGUGAAGCCGGCGCAAAUGUCCUCACUCACUCCAUACUGAGGAUGGACAAAUUACGGAAACAAAAUGGAGACUUUGAUUGAUGCAGCACGUUUCAUGACAUGAGCCAUAGGUCUCUGGCGGGCGAUAGCUAGCACGGUGAUGAAAUAUAGGAAAAUCACUGAUGACUUGAAUCGGGGUUUCGUAUUGUAGG